AUGACUUAUUAUCCAACAAGUUUCAACAUACCCACGACUAGUGCGAUAAGAAAAAUGAGAGAACUGGCUGGAAAUCAAGGCGACGUCGACCCGAGCGAGAUCAAGAGUUUGAUCAGAGAAAACGUCAAAUUCGUCAAUAUCAAAGAUAUUCCUUCGAUUGGAAAUGGACUUUCCUCGACCAUGAAAGGUGAUAGAUAA